AUGUGUUCCUUUCUCAGGUCACUGACAUUUGCCAUCCAAUGCUACACUGAGUCGAAUCGCAACAUCGUGAAAGCUUUCAUAACUCCUUAUCUGAGCGGAGAAGAUUUCAACACGUGUACAAUUAUAUCACAUUUGGAUCCACAGAAGAAGUCUAUUACAGCAGUAUUUAUGUUCGGAGACAAGCACGUAUCAGGAUCCCAUCUCGAAUAUGAAUUCGAUCAGAAUAAAUACGUGCUCAAGACACAGUACUCAUGCUCUGAAGACCAAUGCAACAGCCUUGAUGAGUUCAUGGAAGUUCUCCGGGAGGAAAGCGCCAAAAAGAUUAAGGGCUCAGUGCUUGCUAAAAUUACGCUCAUUGCUCUGGAAGACGGGCUCAUGGAUGUGACACCGGGACGAUUCGGCAAGCGAAACGCGACUACGUUCACAUUGUGUGCUUAUAUGUUAGCACUGUUUGCUCUGAUCGCUUUCAUCCAUAUGAUCGGAACAUUCGUGAUGCUCUGCACAUAUUCCAAGAAGAAGAAGUCCUGA